AUGUCCCCCCUCGACCUCCUCUGGGGAUGGAGAGAAGGAAUAAAGAAGGAAGAGUGGUCCUUUGAAAGUAUCAGCGGGAUACAGGUGGAGCAGCAAGACAGACCCUUAUAUCGUUUUGCGUUUGCUUCCUUUGCUUCCCCCCACCCACCCCCGGUCCAGGACAUCCUCCAUGCAGACAGCCUUUCAUCUCCCGACUCCAGCUUCACCCUCAACCCAGAGGACAGAAGGGGCUACCCUGACCCCCAAGCGGCACACAGGGCCUUUGCCAAGCAACGCUUCAGGCAGGAGAGCGGGCAGGCGUCUUUGCAAAGAGAUGGGCCUCAGCCUUUCCUUCUGGACCUCCCAAACUUCCCUGACCUCUCCAAAGCGGACAUCAACGGGCAGAAUCCCAACAUCCAGGUUACUAUAGAGGUCAUCGAUGGGCCAGACUCUGAAUCAGAGAAGGACCUCCAGAAGGAAAGCGGUAAACCCAGCUGGCCGGUCCCCUCGCCAGACUGGAGGAACUGGUGGCAGAGGUCGGCACCCACCGUCACCCGCAUGAGUAGCGGCGACCGGGAUUACAAGUACGAUAGCACAACUGAGGACAGCAACUUCUUAAAUCCUCUUGGCGGGUGGGAUAGGCACGCCCCCGGUCACCGGACGUUUGAAUCCAAAGAACAGCCGGAAUAUGAUUAUAUCGAUGGGGAGGGAGACUGGAGCUCGUGGUCUGUUUGUAGCGUCACCUGUGGCAGCGGCAACCAGCGGCGUACCAGGGCCUGCGGCUACGCCUGCACAGCAACGGAAUCACGAACAUGUGACAGGCCCAACUGUCCCGGGAUCGAAGACACCUUCAGAACAGCAGCCACCGAAGUGAGCUUGCUUGCAGGGAGCGAGGAGUUCAACGCCACAAAGCUGUUUGAAGUGGUCAACGACCUCCCGGCCUGCCCUUGCGCCUACCCCACGGAAGUGGCCUACAGCACCGCCGACAUCUACGACCGGAUCAAGCGGAAGAACUUCCGCUGGAAGGACGCCAGUGGGCCGAAGGAGAAGCUGGAGAUCUACAAGCCCACCGCCCGCUACUGCAUCCGCUCCAUGCUGUCCCUGGAGAGCACCACCCUGGCGGCGCAGCACUGCUGCUACGACGACAGUAUGCAGCUCAUCACGCGGGGGAAGGGGGCCGGGACGCCCAACCUGAUCAGCAUCGAGUUCUCGGCGGAGCUCCACUACAAAGUGGAUGUCUUGCCCUGGAUCAUCUGCAAAGGGGACUGGAGCCGGUACAACGAAGCCCGCCCGCCCAACAACGGGCAGAAAUGUACAGAGAACCCUUCAGAGGGGGACUUUUACAAACAGUUCCAGGAGGCGAGGGAAUACUGAGAAGACCUGCCGGCCGCUUUCAAACACAACGGCGCAUUCAGGAGUGAGGGGGGCGUGGCAGCAGAGGGGCGUGGCGCAAAAAUCGAAUAAGCUCUCGGGCAAUGGAAUCCGCCGGUUUUUCGAGUCAUUGUAUAUAUUUUGUAUAGGGUACACAUUUUUAUAAGGGCGUUUUCUAUAUGUGUGUGUGUGUGCGCGCGCACACACAAACUUCAUAUGGCCCUCCUUCCGAACAGACCUGCAGUUGUCUCGACAGGUCCACGAUGGCAAAAGUGCAUUCGGCCUCAGAAGAAGCCGUCCCAUCUAGGGAAAAAACCACGCUCUGUCGGAGGCUGGAUUAUGAUCCCUUGUCUGUAAGUCAGACCGAAGACCUGGAUCCCCUAGAAAAAGCCAAAGAGUAGCCCAAAGAAUUGGAUCUCAAGAGUCAGGUUCUCAAAUGCAGUUGUCCCCCACCCCCCGCCCCGCCCCAAUUCAUUUGACUUGAGCUUCAGGGAGUGGAAAGGCCAUCCAGACUGGACCGUAUCACACACGGAGAGCCAGUUUGGUGUCGUGGUUAAGUGCGCGGACUCUAAUCUGGGAGAACCGGGUUUGAU